AUGAACAAUUAUUCAGGCAACAGUUAUGAUACAUUUUUACUUCGAAAUCAAACACACUUCUCGGUAUUUGGACAAGAUUCAGUAGCUGAUGUGAUUGAAAUUCCGAUCUUGUCUUUAACAAUCCUUCUUGCUCUCGUAUACACGAUUCUCAUCUUCAGUCGACCAGUCUUCCGACAUAAUAAACUUAACUGGUUCACAGUUAAUAUAUGCAUAUCUACUAUUUUACUUUGUAUCAAUAUAUUGGUUAUGCACGGCAAUCGAAAUGAUCUAUUCAGUUCAAUCAACUGUCGUGUUCGAGCAUUUUUCCUACUUUCAGCUGUAAACCAACUCAUGUAUUCACACUGUGUAGCUGCUAUCAGUCGAAUGCUGGCUAUUGUCUAUGCAAAGAAAUCGUUUUCUCGUUCAAAUACUUGUUUAUUUAUUUUUAUUACUAUAGGCUGGCUUCUCGCUUUUCUUCUAUCGUCAAUUAACUUAUUUUUUGAUAGUUAUACUUGUUUGCAGUCGGCUUCAGCAGAAUUUGUAUCACACUACACUCUUGUGACGACUCUCAUCGCUCCCAUCGUCAUUGUUACCGUAUGCAACGGCAGAAUUCUUCGACAUGUUCGUCAAUCGACUCGACAACUACGUGCACAAGGUACUCGAGCUCCACUAGCUCAUGCUCGUGAUAUCUAUCUGUUGAAAGUCAUGAUCAUCACAUUCGUCGUUUUUCUCGUCGGCUGGACACCUGUAUUUCUCAUGCAAAUAUUUGGCGCGAGUGUGGAUAUUCCUCGAUUCUUAGCCAUCAUUCUUCGUAUUUUGCCAUCGGCUGCAAUGUUACACGACACACUCCUACUGAUCUUUACAAACAGACCAGUUCGCCUUUUCAUUAAGCAACUCGUCAUUCGAAGGCGAUUGAAGUUUCCAGUAAACGUUGUCGCUGUUUUCCAACAGAAGAAUAGAAAUGAAAUGUAA